GGGGCUCGCCCCACUCCCGCCCAGCGCAGCCGCCGCGGCGGGGCCGGCAGCACCCGACGGGCCGCACCAUGGGCAGCCAGGGCUCCAAGGCGGCGGGCGGAGAGCCCGACACCGCCAAGGCCAACGGGCAGGAGAACGGCCACGUGAUCUACAACGGGGACAUGACGCCCAAGGUGGGGGUCGAGGUGUCCCCCCAGAACGGGAACGGCUCGGCUGAACCCCCCAAGGAGGAGAGCGAGGGCGAGCCGGGCGGGGGGGACGCCAUCGAGCCCGCCCCCCCCGCCGACGGGGGGGACCCCAAACCCGAAGAAGGGGCCGCGGCCCCCAAGGAGGCCCCCAAGAAGAAGAAGAAGUUCUCGUUCAAGAAAUCCUUCAAGCUGAGCGGGAUCUCCUUUCGGAAGAACAAGAAGGAAGCCGGGGACUCCUCUGGCUCCUCUCCCACGGAGGAGCAGCAGGGCAAGGGCGAGGAGAGCCCCGCGGGGGGGGUGCAGCCCUCGGCUCCCCCCGAGGAGGGGUCGGCGGAGGAGCAGGGGGGCCCCGGGGAGGGCAGCGAGGGAGCUGAGCCCAAGGGGCAGGAGGGGGAAGCCGGCGGGAGCAAGGAGAAGAAGGAGGAGGAGGAGGAGAAAGAGAAGCAGCAGCAGCAGCAGCCGGCGGGGGAGAGCCAAGGAGACGCAGCCAAACCCGAGGAGCCCUCGAAAGCCGCGGGGGCCGAGCCCACAACAAGCCCCGCGGCGGUGGAGCAGAAGGAAGAGUAGAUUCCACUUGGCAUCGUCCUCACUGGAGACUCUCACGCCGUCCUCUCCAUCCUGGAACACCACGGACUCGCCCACACCCCCCCCCCAGCCCACCUAGAACUGACACCACUCCCCAGACCCCACACGCCCCCCUCGAGGUAUCUCUUCCCCUCCUCCCCUCCUUUUUCCCCCGGUAGAAAAAGCUGGUUUGGAUUCCCACACCACUGCCACCACUUGGAGUAGUUUUACCUGAAUCCUUUAAAAAAAAAACAGAAC